GGAUAUAAAGCUCCGGCCCGAGAGCCUCUUCCCCCUUCCCAACCGGCGGCGGCGGCGGCAUGACGGGCCGCGAGGAGCUCCCGGAGGGCAAAGCCAAGGGAAACGCGCUGGCUCCCAGCAGCGCCUGUGGCCACGAGAAGGCGCGCUUGGGGAGCCCGGCCGGCUUGCGCUCCAAGGGCUUCGCCAUCACCGACCUCCUGGGCUUGGAGGCGGAGCUGCAGCCGCCGGCCGGCUCGAGCUGCGAAGGCGGCGGGCCAGCUGCGGGCCGAGGAGGAGGAGGAGGAGGCGGAGGCGCUCCCUUGCCGCUGGGCUUGGGCUUCCUCUGCGGCUUUGCCACCCAGCAGCCCGCGGGGGCGCCUCGUCUCCUGCCGGCGCACCUCCCCUUCCUCCAGCCUCGCUCGGAGCACCAGCAUCAGCACCCGCGGUACGGGCCGGAAGCCGAGAAGCCCAAGUUGACCGUCUCCGAUGAAGACAGUUUAUCAGGGGACAAGAACAACCUGAAGGCAUCUGACUCUCAGAUCAAGAGAAAGAAACGACGUCACAGAACUGUGUUUACUGCCCAUCAGCUCGAAGAACUGGAAAAGGCUUUUAAUGAAGCUCAUUACCCUGAUGUAUAUUCCAGAGAAAUGUUAGCUAUGAAAACUGAACUGCCAGAGGACAGAAUACAGGUUUGGUUUCAGAACCGAAGAGCCAAGUGGCGGAAGCGUGAGAAAUGUUGGGGCCGCAGUAGUGUGAUGGCCGAAUAUGGUCUCUACGGUGCCAUGGUGAGGCACUCCAUCCCACUUCCAGAAUCAAUUAUCAAUUCUGCCAAAAGUGGAAUGGUUGGUUCCUGUGCCCCUUGGCUGUUGGGAAUGCAUAAAAAAUCAAUAAAUAUUACAAGAAAGCCUGAAAAUGAAGAAAAAGGAAAUGGCAUCUGGAAAUCUGAACAUCCCGAGGAGGAAUUCAAAAUUAAGCAGACAGAAUAUGAACGAAAGCCCACUAAUAGAUUAAUCUCAAUGGACAGUUCGGAAGAUACUGCAAUUGAUCUCUCUAGUACGGCAAAGCAGGAAAAGAAGAGUAGUAAUCUGAGUUUUGGUGGAGGCCCAUAGACCAAAAUGAAAGAUGCUGAACACUAAGGACAAGGAGGGGACACACAACAACUGUUAACCAAACACUUAAGUUGGCCUCUUCAAUGCUCUGGCAAAUUAUGAGUAUUAUUGCUCUAUGCUUAUUUAUUAGUCUUUUUCAAGUGACAUUCAUUUUACGGGCAAAGGGGACUUUCUGAGAUAAAAUAUAUCCAAGAUAUAAUUUAUUUUUACAACUUGAAAGUUGUAUUUGUAAAGAAGAUAAUUUGCUGCAGCUGGAUAAUUUUUCUUUAUAUGUCUCACUAAGUCACCUUUCACCAAAAGUCUAAAAAUAACAUUUGGUUCUAUUUUUGGUAGAGAGGCAAAUAAAUACCCAAUCAUUCAAAUCUUA